CCAUUCUCUCUAUUGUUCACAGAGGAUGGAGACGCUGUCAGCAGCUCAUAUGAGUCGUAUGACGAAGAAGAAAAUCUCAAAAAGUCGUCUGCCCAUCAACAUCAAUGGCCAUCAACCGAGGCAUCCAUCGAGCUGAUGAAGGACGCUCUGAUCUGUGCAUUCCUGUGGCGGAAAAAGUGGCUGGGCCAAUGGGCCAAACAGCUCUGUGUUAUCAGGGAGAACAGACUGCUGUGCUAUAAGAGCUCCAAAGAACACAGUCCUCUGCUGGAUGUCUGUCUGAUCGGCUGCACCGUCACCCACAAAGAGAAGCAAGUGCGCAAGAAGGAGCACAAGCUGAAAAUCACUCCGACCAAUGCUGAUGUCAUAGUACUGGGGAUGCAGAGCAAAGACCAGGCCAUGCAAUGGCUGAAGGUCAUCCAGGAUAUUGGCGGCCAACAGACGGAUGCAGUCCCUGAGAUCUCGCUGAGCACACCCGACACUCCGCGGAGCGCCCAGACUAAAGGAGAAAUCACAGACAGAUAUUCAGCAGCUUCUGAAAGUGGGAGCAGUACAGACGGGCACCCCGAGACUGCAGAUGUGAAGGAAGUGAAGAAGAAAGGAACAUCUGGCCUCAAACUCAGCAACCUCAUGAAUCUGGGCAGAAAGAAGUCCUCCUCCAUGGAAAGUCCAGAGAAGAACUUGGAGACCUCCAAUUACCUGAACGUGCUGAUAAACAGCCAUUGGAAAUCACGCUAUUGCUGCAUCAAGGAUGGGCAGCUCCACAUCUAUCAGGAAAGAAACAGGGGAAAAGCAGCCCUUCAGCCCGUCUCCCUGCUGGGCUGUGACAUCAUUCCGCAACCAACCCCGGACCACCUGUACUCAUUCCGCAUCCUGCAUAAUGGGGAGGAGCUGGCCAUGCUGGAGGCGAAGUCCUCGGAGGACAUGGGACACUGGCUGGGUCUUCUCCUGUCCGAAUCUGGAUCGAAAACUGACCCGGAGGAGUUUGACUACGAUUAUGUGGAUGCUGAGCGCGUCUCCUGUAUAGUGAGCGCAGCAAAGAACUCCUACUUUUUAAUGCAAAGGAAAUAUUCAGAGCCAAACACAUACAUUGACAACCCGCGGGGUGGAAGGAGCCAGCAAGAUGAUCUCUACGAUGAUGUCGACGUAUCAGAGGCAGUGGAGGAAGAGCCAAAAAACAAUGCACCAAAGGAAGUGGAAGACCACACUUACCUGGAUCUUCUACCGGCAAAGUCCUUCCUACACGGAACUGGGAAGAAAGGUCAGGAUAGAAGCCUGGAAAGCUCUCCGGGACCAGAAAUUGCCAAAACAAAAGAAGUGGAAGCGGAGCCUGCCUUGUGCAGUGAUCCAGAACCGCCCUGUCCUGUCCAAGAGGUGAGAAACAUUGGAUGUCUCUGA